AUGUCAACAGUUCAACCACCAACAGUUUCUUCAAUUCCUGCACUUCAUGCUUUUGAUUCUCGCACAAGUACCUGGCAAUCUUAUCGAGAUCGAAUUAGUUUUUAUUUUCAAGCAAAUCGUAUUCACACGGAUGAAGAUAAAAAAGCGCUCUUUCUUUGGUCUGUUGGUGACACCACAUAUAAUCUACUAGAAUCAUUGAUAUCACCACGAUCGUUAACUGGUGAGGAUACAAUGUUCACCGAUUUAAUCAAGUUGUUAGAUACUCAUUAUGAUGCAACAAAGAACAUUAUGACGUCCACAUAUGAUUUCUACUCCUGUUAUCAAAAAUCAGGACAAACAUUCGCUGAAUGGAAAGCUGAAUUAUGUGAAAAACUACGCCAUUGUGGAUUUACUACAUCUGCUUUAAAAGAUAAACCACAAGACCGUGCACUUCGAGAUAUGUAUGUUAUUGGAAUUAAAAGUCAAAAAAUUCGACAAGCAUUACUCAAGGACCAAGAUCCUGACUUAGAAACAACAGAAAAAAUUAUCCAAUUAGCUGAACGCUUAGAAGAAGAUGUUCGCCACUUUGGCAAUCCAAUUAAACAUGAUGAUUAUGCAGUGGCGAAGCUACACAAUUUUCAACCCAAACGACAAAAACAGCCACAAAAUAAAUCAUUUGUAAAAAAUGAAUAUAAACCAUGUGAAACAUGUGGUUCAACGAGACAUCUUCGAUCAAAAUGCCGAUAUCGUGAGUUUAUUUGUAACUUUUGCAAAAAAACCGGUCAUUUAGAAAAAGUAUGUCGACAAAAGAAAAAUGAAAAACCUUCUACAAAACAUAUUGCAACGAUUUAUAAAUUGAAUUGUUCAAAUCAAACAAAUCAAUCCAUUAAACAUUCAUCAACAAUUCCAUUAAAAGUCAACAGUUAUGAUUUUACCUUUGAGCUUGAUACCGGAACAUUUAAUACCAUUAUUAGUAUGGAGGAUUGGUACAAAUUAGGAUCACCGACCAUUCAUCCAUCUAAUUUGAAAUUAAAAUGUUACAGUGGUAAUGCUCUUAAGAUUAAAGGUGAAUGUAAUGUUAAAGUACAAUACCAAAACCAAUAUUAUGAUCUAUCUAUGAUUGUUAUUUAUGGUGCAAGUCCACCUCUUCUUGGUCUUCAAUGGAUUAACAUAAUGCAACUCGACUUAAAUCAACUCAUUCAUGCACAACAUUCUGUUCAACAUUCAAUUCACAAGAUUUAUACCUCCUCAAAACUUCAAACAACCUUGCAAAAGCACAAAAAUGUAUUAAACAAAGAACUUGGACAUUGCACUAAAGUUCAAGCUCAUAUUCAACUUAAACCUGAUGCAACACCGAAGUUUUUCAAACCACGACCAAUACCAUUUGCAUAUCUUGAUGGUGUAAAAGAAGAAAUUCAAAGGAACGUCGAAGCUGGUAUUCUUGAACGUAUUGAUACUUCUCUUUGGGCAGCACCAAUAGUUCCUGUGAAAAAACCAAACGGUAAAAUUCGAAUAUGCGGUGAUUUCAAGGUGACAAUUAAUCCUCAAAUAUUAAUUGAUCAACAUCCGAUUCCAUCGAUUGAAGAACUUCUUGCACGACUCAAUAACGGACAGAAAUUUACUAAAUUGGAUUUAUCCGAUGCUUAUCUUCAAGUUGAAUUGGAUGAACCAAGUAAAAAUUUAGUUAUUAUUAAUACACCACUAGGUUUAUUCCGUUAUAAUCGAAUGCCAUUCGGUAUUUCAAAUGCACCUGCAAUUUUCCAAAGAAUUAUUGAUCAAGUUAUUGCUGGUAUUCCAAACUGUGUUGCUUAUCUUGAUGAUAUAUUAUUAACUGGUGCAAACGAAGAAGAACAUUUACAAACACUUGAAAUGGUUCUUCUGAGACUUUCGGAAUUCGGUUUUAGGUGCAAUCCCGAAAAAUGCUUAUUUUUUCAAGAUGAAGUUUCAUAUCUUGGAUUUAUUAUCGACAAGAACGGCAAACGUCCAGAUCCAAAACGUGUAGAAGCUAUUAAAAAUAUGCCUGCACCCAAGAAUGUCAAAGAACUUGAAGCUUUUAUUGGUAAAGUCAAUUAUUACGGAAAAUUUAUUUCAAAUUUUUCUGACAAAUGCAAGUUGUUAAACCAUUUACGUAAGAAAAAUACUCCGUGGAAAUGGAGUCAAGAAUGUCAAAAAGCAUUCAACAAUCUGCUGCAAGAAAUUGUCAAUACAACAACAUUAGCACAUUUUGAUGCUCAAUUACCAAUUAUCUUAGCAACAGACGCUUCACAUUAUGGCAUUGGAGCUGUAAUUAUGCAUCGAUAUCCUGAUGGUUCUGAACGACCAAUUGCACACGCUUCUAAAACUUUAACUGCUGCUGAACGUAAUUACAGUCAAAUUGAAAAAGAAGCACUUUCAAUUAUUUAUGGUGUUAAAAAGUUUCACCAAUAUCUAGCUGGUAGAUCAUUUGAACUCAAUACUGAUCAUCAACCUCUUUUAGCGAUUUUUAAUCCAACUAAAGGUAUUCCAGUUGCAACAGCAAAUCGACUUCAAAGAUGGGCAAUUUGUCUUAUGGGAUACAAUUAUAAUAUUCGUUAUAAACCCACUCGAUCGCAUGCUAAUGCCGAUGCAUUAUCACGAUUACCAAUUGGAUAUGAUAAUUCUUUUAUUGACAACGAUGCUGAACAAAUUAAUUACAUUCAAACACAACUUAUUGAACAAUGGCCACUAAAGCCAACUGAAAUUGCACUAGCGAUUUCAAACGAUAAAACACUUAAAUUGGUAAGAGAUUUUACUCUCACCACAUGGCCUUCUUCAUUUUCUAGGUCGAAGAAUCCUGAAUUAGUUCCGUAUUAUAACAAUCGUCAUUCAUUGUCGGUUAUAAAUGGUUGUAUUUUAAAAGAUACUCAAGUGAUUAUUCCGAAACAAUUACAUGGUCGAGUACUUCAUAUGCUACAUCGUGCUCAUCUUGGUACAAUUAAAAUGAAACAAUUAGCCCGAGCUCAUUGCUGGUGGCCAAAAAUGGAUAAAGAUAUUCUAGAUAUUACAAAGUCCUGUACAAUAUGUGCACAACUACAACCACUACCUAAACCACAAUUCAAAUCAUGGGAAGAACCAAAACAAGUAUGGUCUCGUUUACAUAUGGAUUUUGCUGGACCAAUUUGGAAUUCAAAAUGGCUGAUACUAAUUGAUGCAAAAUCAAAAUUUCCAAUUGUAGCUGAUAUGAAAAAUGAUACAACAGCAAAAAGCCUUUGUGAUGCUUUAGAAAAAGUAAUUGAUUGGUUCGGUCCUCCCGAAACAUUAGUUUCUGAUAAUGGUCCACCAUUUAAUAGUUAUGAAAUGAACCAAUUUUAUGAUAAGUAUGGUAUUAAUCAUAUAACAACAGCGCCGUAUCAUCCAGCUAGUAAUGGCUUAGCCGAACGAUUUGUUCGUUCAUUUAAAGAAGCAAUGUUAAAAGAACAACAAAUGGGACAAACAAAUAAAUUUACUGCAUUAAGAAAUGUAUUACGAAGUUAUCGUUGGACUCCACAUACUACAACUGGUACUUCACCGGCAAACAUGUUGUUACAACAUCAAAUCAGAACUGAAUUAGACAUAAUGAAACCUCAUGAAUCAAUUAAAUCACAACAACAAACAAAAUAUGCUGUUGGACAGUUAGUUUGGACAUUGAAGCACCAACUUAAUAAACGACCCCAAUGGCAACAGGCAAUCAUUACGAAAAAUAUCAGUUCAAUGAUUUAUGAAAUUCAAUUACGUGAUGGACAACGUUAUAAACGUCAUCAAAAUCAACUUCGUCCUCGUUAUUCUUCAAAUACUCAAUCAUCCGAAAUAGGCAGUCUACCUGAUGAUUUAUUAAAUACAAAAUUGCAAUCAAAGACUACUACGUUUUCACAUUCAUCAUCACCGAGGUAUCGUCCUCGUCGAAAUCGAAAACCACCUGAUCGUUACACACCUUAG